GACUGAGGUAAUUUAAAGCGCCCGUUAUCUUAAAUAUUUCCAUGUAAUCGAUUUCUGAACACCCAAACAAAAUGGCGCUGUUUAGCGCAUCGUUACUCGUAGGUUUGACAUUUAUUCAUUGUACAUGGAGUUUGCACUGGUAUCAAACUUUGGCACCCCUGGGAUUAAAUCACUGCCCAGAAUCAGGGGGAGAGGGAAAUUUCUGCUAUGAUCUGAUCCAGUCCAGUAACAACUGUUCCUAUAUCUGUGAAUACGCCAGACCUCUGGAAUUCUUCUUCCGAGACAUAUAUAAUCUUUGCGAACAUCCCGAUUGGGCAUCGUCUAAGAAUGUUCGGUGCCAUUACUACCAGUGCCAGAGAAAGUGUUGCAGUGGCUGGGCGCUGGAUGACUAUGGAAGAUGCACAGUCGAAAGUAGUGGAAUCGAAUGUCUUAAUGGUGGGACACCAUUUGGUGAUCAGUGUCUCUGUCCAACUCAUUUCUCGGGCAAACAAUGCGAAACAGCCAUCUGUGGAGGAGAAUGUUUGAAUGGCGGGGAAUGUAGGCAAGUCGAUCCCCUGUCAACUCCGAAGUGUAUCUGCACCGCCAAUUUUACGGGACAUUUCUGCGAAAAAGCUGUGUGUGGUGACGGUUGUCUAAAUGGCGGUUCCUGUAUUUCUCAGUAUUAUGGAGUAGUUUGUAAAUGUCAACAUGGCUUCCUUGGACCUCGAUGUGAAAAAAGGCGUUGUGAUAAAUGCCAUUUUGUCCACGAACAUUAUGACACUUCAUGCUUGCAUACCUGCAAGACCGAUUUUGACUGUCAGAAAGAGGAAACAUGCUGUGAACAUGAAGGAAGGAAUGUCUGUGUAGUUAAAAGAGAGAAAGCCUACCAAAAAUGUUACCAUGGGGAUAAAUCCGGUUAUGUCGGUGAAAUUGUAAAUAUAUUUGGUAAAAAGUGUCGCUGCAUGCCGGGGCGUUUUUGGGGUCAUUUUCAUUGUGGUGAAGACGUUUGUGAGGAUGAUAAUGAUAAAGAAGAGAACACGUGUCUCAAAAAUGGGGAUGGAAUAUUGCCAGAUAAUGACAAGAUUGAAGAAGAUAUUUCUGAUGGCGGCUUGCUCUAUGAACGUCCCCGAAUUUAUAAUUGUCCACCAGAAUAUUCAAGAGUAUUGGUAGAAGUGCAGGAGAAUUCCAAUGUAGCUCUUAUGUAUCACCAAUUCAAAGCAAAGGAUUAUCUUGGAGAAGAUCUUCAAGUUUAUGUUAGCCAACAGAAGUUCUACGCCUUGAACUGUUCUUGUGGUCAAAGGGUUAGGGCCAAUGCAACUGCAGUUGAUCGACAUGGUGGCAAAACAACCUGUUGUUUCACAGUGCAGAUUGUUGACCAUCAUCCUCCAAAACUUUCUCACUGCCCCGCGGAUAUAUACGCCAUAGCAGGUGAAAGGAUAUCCUGGACGAUUCCCAAGGCCACAGACAACGUGGGUAUAAGGGACCUCUGGAUAGAGCCUAGAGUCCAUAACGGAUCGCGUAUUGACGCGGGUGAUCACAUGUUUCGUUAUGUUGCUGAAGAUUGGCAUGGCAACAAGGCAGAAUGCAGGUUCCUUGUCAGUAUAAAGGGCGCUGACUCCUCUGAGAGCGGAUGGUCUUCUGAAUUAAAGUCCAGAGUUACAACAAACACUCCUGUUAUAAUAGGAGCAAGUGUUGUUUGCAUCAUGGCUAUCGCUCUUUUGGUCAUACUUGUGGUGGUUUUUCGCCUCUGUAGAAGAGCCGCGGUUCUAAGGAAUCGACCAUCAAGGACUCGUGGUACAGUUAUCGCCACCGCUUCAUCACAGCAGUUUGACGCAUGCUUAUCCGAACCUCCGCCGUAUGAGGUCGCUGCAAUAGAUAAACUUCCGGAUUACAAACCACGUGAUGACCCACCUGUAUAUGAAGACAUUUGCGAUGACAAGAAAAACAGUGACGAAAUCGGUGGAUGUACCAAUCCAAUCUACACAAUAUCGGGAUCAAAUGAGAAUAUCCACGGAGUCUCGGUGAAUCCGAAUUCUACUGUUACUGAUGUUUAGCAUGCUCGGUGAAAUAAUUUUGUUUUCCCUUCUUUUGUAGCAUAAUAUAUAACCUCUGUGUAUUCUGUGAUUUCAGAUUACUUUUUCAUAAGUUGAAAUGAUUGAUUCCUUAUUUUAAUAGUUUUUAUUGUUGCAUUUUCUGACAUUAUUAUGUGUCAUUGUGUCUUUUAAAAAUAUCAAACUUGAUGAGCUAAUAAGUGGCAGAUUUUGAUUACUUUACCAAAACGAUUUUGAAUAAGGCAACACAAAUUUAACAUCAUAUGCAAUCAACAAUUGUAUAUAUAUAUUUAAAUAUUAAUCUAAAUUUGAAUUAUUUUUAGAGCUUAAAAUAAAAUCUUAUUCCUUUUGUAAAAUUGUUACUUUGUUAAUUUUCUUUUAAGAUUAAAUAAAAUUCAAUCUA